CGGUCGGCGCGCAGGCUCAGGUUGCUGCGGCUUGGAACUUGCGGAGCGCUUCUGUGGCCAACGGCCUCGGCCUCUGGAUCGGGUCCGUCCGGCCGCGUGCGAGAAACUCGAGUGGGAGCAGGCGGAGGUGCGGCGCGGCCCAGGGCCGCAGCCUUCGCAGGCGCCCGCCGCCAGCCGAGCCUUCGCAGAGUUACUCCAUGCAUCCGGAGCCUGCCCCGCCCCCGAGCAGCAGCAAUUCCGAGCUUCCCUUGAGCGGCGGCAGCAGCACCAGCGGCAGCCGCCGGAGUCGCCGCCGCAGCGGGGACGGAGAGCCCUCGGGGGCCCCACCGCUGCCGCCACCGCCCGCCGUCAGCUACCCGGACUGGAUCGGCCAGAGUUACUCCGAGGUGAUGAGCCUCAACGAGCACUCGAUGCAGGCGCUGUCCUGGCGCAAGCUCUACUUAAGCCGCGCCAAGCUCAAAGCGUCCAGCCGGACCUCGGCUCUUCUCUCCGGCUUCGCCAUGGUGGCGAUGGUAGAAGUCCAGCUGGAUACAGACCAUGACUAUCCCCCAGGGUUGCUCAUUGUCUUCAGUGCCUGUACCACGGUGCUGGUGGCUGUGCAUCUGUUCGCACUCAUGAUCAGUACCUGCAUCCUCCCCAACAUUGAGGCUGUGAGCAACGUCCACAACCUCAACUCGGUCAAAGAGUCGCCACACGAGCGCAUGCACCGCCACAUCGAGCUGGCCUGGGCCUUCUCCACUGUCAUCGGGACGCUGCUCUUUCUGGCUGAGGUCGUGCUGCUCUGCUGGGUCAAAUUCUUACCCCUCAAGAGACAUUCAGGCCAACCAAGCCCGACCAAGCCCCCUCCCGAGUCAGCAGCUGUCGCCAACAGCAGUGGCAUCACCCCGGGUGAGGCGGCAGCCAUUGCCUCCACUGCCAUCAUGGUCCCCUGUGGCCUGGUUUUCAUCGUCUUUGCCGUUCACUUCUACCGCUCACUGGUCAGCCAUAAGACAGACCGGCAGUUCCAGGAGCUCAACGAGCUGGCAGAGUUUGCCCGCUUGCAGGACCAGCUGGACCACAGAGGGGACCAUUCUUUAACACCUGGCACCCAUUACGCCUGAGUCUUUGCCUUCCCACUGGUCCUGGGGAACUUCCGAGCUUUCGCCUUAACGCCCUUCCCAUGACCUUGUCCUGGCCGGAUCUAGAGGACAGCCUCUGCAGGCGGCUGGGCUUCACCACAGCAGAGUGUGGAGGGAAGAGGCUUUUAAAAAAAAAUCACUGCACUUUGAGACUUUCUUCUGUGAGAAUAAGCACUCACUGUUCUUGCAGCUCUGGGUCCCCCUCCUGGUAGGAUGUGGGGGUGGUGUGGGACAGAUGCUCUUUGUCCAAUUUUCCUCCCCCGUACCAGUGCCACCCGGAUGCUUCCUGUCCUCCUUCUCAGCCUCCUUCCCAGUUCGUGUGAAUGUGUGUGUGUGCGUGUUUGUGUGUGUGUGCACGCGCGUGCUCGUGGGCGUGUCACAUAAAAUAUACACACAAGGGACACCUCUUGUCUGCGUUUCUUGGGUCUAGACUGUGUGAUAGAAUGCCCUAGUCAAUUGAUCUUUUUGAAAAUUGAGGAAAGGGGCUCAGGGACAGAACACUAGCUUCAUGGGGCCAAAGCCUCGGCCUCGGACCACCAACCUCUACAACAGUUGUGUUGCUGGGCAUGGAACUCAGGACUUGACCCGGCACUCUUCCACUGAGCUAUACUCCAAGACAUGUAACUUUGCUUGGGUAAAAGACGCCUUUGGGGGUGGUGGUGACAACACACACCUUUACUCCCAGCACUUGGGAGGCAGAGGCAGGCGGAUCUUAACAGCACUUGACUGCGCUUCCAGAAGAUCCAGGUUUGAUGCCUGAUAUCCGUGUUGUAACUCACAACCAUCUGUAACUUCCGUAACAGGAGAUUGAUACAACAGCCUCUUCUGGCCUUGAUGGGGACUAGGCACACAUGUGUUCAUAGGCAUGCAGGCAAGGCAAAAAACACACACAUUGAAGAAUUUUAAGAGUCCUGGGUGG